AUGUGGCACAAGUCCCUCAAAACCAAAAGCAACAACACCAGGGAGACACUCAACAAGGAUCCUGAGCUGGACUCCCAUCCCCCUAUCGCCAUGUGCCGUUUCUUAGUUUACAAGGGGAGCGACGAGAUCCUCCUCUCCAAGCUGAUCCUCGACCCGAGCCACUCUAUCCUCAAGCAGUCCUUCGACUCGCGCCUGCGUCUGGACACUCGACGUGGCCAGAACAACGCCGAUGGCUUCGGAAUAGGCUUCUACACCGAUCCUAAGCUCGGCGCCGCUCCGUGCCUCUUCACCUCUACUAUCCCCGCGUGGAACUGCACCAACCUCCACCGCAUCGCCUCGAAGACAGCUUCCCGCCUCAUCUUCGCCCAUGUCCGCGCCACCACCGAAGGCACCCUCAGCGAAGAUAACUGCCACCCUUUCUACCAUGCGUCUCUCAUGUGGAUGCACAACGGAGGCCUCGGCGGCUGGAAACAUAUCAAGCGCCGCUUGGGCCAACGCCUCGCCGACAAGUGGUAUCUCGGCGUUGUCGGAGGCACCGAUAGCGAGUGGGCGUUUGCGCUUUUCCUCGAUACCCUAGAGCGGAUGGGCCAUGAUCCCAGCUCGAAAUCUGAACAUGGCUUCGGCCCAACCGUUCUCAGAAAGGCCAUGCUCAAGACGAUUGAGAUCAUCAACGAGCUCACCGACUCGAUCCCUCGUGACGUCAUUGACAGCGAGAACGUCGACACGAGAAGCCUCCUGAACUUUGCCGUCACCGACGGCCACAGCGUCAUUUGCACGCGCUACAUCAGCAGCUCCACCGACGAAGCUGCCAGUUUGUAUUAUUCCUCUGGCACCCAGUGGGAGGAAAAGCCUUCGGUAGUCCCUGCCUCUGGGCAGAAUUUCUACAUGGAGCGUCGUGAUAAAGGCGCCGACAUUGUGCUUGUUGCCAGCGAGCCCUUGACUUUUGAAAGAGAGAACUGGGUCAAUGUGCCGACAAACUCGAUCCUGACGAUCCAUAAGCAAACCGUCAUGGUUCAUCCCAUCAUCGACAAUUACUACAGCCGUAGCCCCAACCACUUCCGAUCCAGCGCCUUCGUUCAGACCAAGGGCCUCAUCGCGAACGAGAAGGCUUCUACUAGGGGACCGAUCUGCCCUAUCCCCGAUUUGCAAAAUGGCCAUGCAAAGAAACCUAUGGGCAUAACACUGCCGCUCAGAGAUGGGGCCAACGGCUCUCCCCCUGAGAGAUUGUUGUCUCCACUCUCCCCUGGUCGGGGGUUUAGAGUGAAUGGUCGAUUAGCCUCGAUGGAGCAUUCUUAA